CCUCCUCCUCCUCCUCCUCCUCAACGACCUCACCGCCAUGGCCAGUAAGAACAUCUGCACGUCGUGUCUGCGGACUCUCCGUCAUCAAGGGCUGCCCAAGCAGCUCUCGACACGACGAAUCGCUGCGUUCACUACAUCAUCCACCAAAUAUGCUUCCGACCCGAAGAAGAACCCCUAUGCCCAACAACCUCUGCAACCGCCUCCGCCCAAAGACUGGGACGCGCACACCCCCUCCACCGAUAGCUCGCCCAUCACCAACUUCGCCGCUACCUUGCGCUCCAACUCGGCCCUCCGCAGCACAACAGAACCGUACAUUGCCUAUGGCUCCACCGAAGACCUAUUCCUCGAAUGCUCCAAACAAUGCAGCUACACCAUCCCUUCCGCCCUCGAAACCCCGCCUGGCACGCCUCCACAAAACGCAGCAGGAGACCAUCUCGGCGCCGGCGUGGGUUGGUGGCUCGAACCCAAAAGCAAAGGCGGGCUAGGGCUCGAAGUCACGUUCAACAGCUGGGCACAAGUGCUCUAUCUCCACAUGUGGCUGCUGACCGUCCGACUGCGAUGUUUUCCCGAAAAAUAUGUCAAAGAUUGGCAUCAGAACCUUCUCGAUCAUUUCUUCUAUGCUGCGGAAGAUCGCAUGGCGACGUGGCAUGGCAUGUCUGCGCGCGGAGUACGGAAUAAGAAUCUCAAGGAUUUGUGGACACAGUGGAGAGGUGUGCAGUUGGCGUAUGAUGAGGGUUUGAUCAAAGGCGAUGCGGUCAUGGGCACUGCGGUGUGGAGAAAUGUGUUCAAGGCGGAUCCGAAUGUCGAUCUCAAGGACUUGGGAAUUGUGACGGCGUAUAUCAUGAGGGAGUUGCAGAGGCUGGGGAAAUUGGAUGACAUGACUGUCACAGAGGGCAAAGUCCGAUUUGGUAAUCCUCGUACCACUGUGGAGGAGACGGGUUUGAGUAAGGAGGCUGUAUUGAAGCAAGCUGCGAAGAGCUCCAUGAGAGUAGAAGAGGGAGGUAUGCCGCCAGAGCAUCAGCCUUCAUAAUUCAUUCCAUCGACUAGUGGCAGCGCCCACGCGAAUACCUACAUAGGUACCUUAGCUACCUUAUACUCCAAUCCAGCUGGAAUGCUAUG